UCAAAAUUUGAAUUAAAAAUUGUAAUAAUUUAAUUUGAGAAAUUCACGAUUAUUUCGACAAAACGCGAUAAGUGACAUCAUCCUUGCCUCAAAGCACAUAUUUAUUUUCAAUGCCAUUAAUUUUAUGUUUUCUUUUACUUACUUGAAACUGGAUUGUAUGAUCUAUCUCGUAUCGAGUUAUAUUAUAAAGUUUUGUCGUCUGGAAGGCUCACCCACUCACUCAAGCGGUGAGACAUUACAUGUCAUUCAUAACCUACGAAUGAAUUAAAGUCAACAAUCAAAACGUAAUCAAUGUACAUUUAAAUUAUUAUUUAUUUAUAGUAAAAAAAUAGUUUUUAACAUGGCGAUGUCAGUGCGAGUUAGACUAGGAUCCCAAUUCAGAAAUAUCAUGAGAGUCUGCUUUCAUGAAAAUCGGCACAUGUCGACUGCAGAAAUAGUUGUUGAAAAAUCUGAAAAUCCAAAGGAGCCAGAGAGGAUAUCAUUGGAAGAACAACAAAGAUUAAAUGAUAUAGCUAAAAAUGAGAGGAUGGAAAAACUUUUGAAUAUGCGUUUUGCAUAUCAAGAAUUUCUACCUGAUCCUAAUCCUAAGAACAGAAACACUCUCAAGGAAAGACUGGAACGCAGAGAUAUGCUGGCUAGAAGAUCAAAUGUUGAAAUACCAGAGUUUUAUGUUGGUUCUCUUGUAGCUGUUAUGCAUUCUGAUCCACAUGCUCCUGGGAAAAACAAUCGUUUCAUGGGCAUAUGUAUACAAAAAAUAGGUGCUGGUUUAAGAGCAUCUUUCAUAUUGAGAAAUUUCAUUGACGGCGAAGGUGUGGAAGUUAAUUUUGAUAUGUAUGAUCCAACAAUCCAAAGAAUUGACGUGAUAAGAUUGGAAAAAAGAUUAGAUGAAGAACUGUUUUAUCUGAGAGAUGCUCCUCCAGAAUAUAGCACAUUUCCAGUUGAUAUGGAACCGGAGUAUCAGCCUGAGGGUUCAGCUGUACCCGUAAAUGAAAUCAAAGUUCCAUUAAAACCUUUACCUUGGCUUGUGAAAUGGGAAAGAAUGGGUAUGAAAGGUAUUCGAGAUGUAACUAGUAUGCUUACAGAGAAACGUUUAAGAAUGUCUAAAUUGAAACAAUUCAAUAAACCAUGGGAAAAAUACGAUCUUCUUAAGAUGUACAGUGAAACUAUUCCAAUAGAAGACCAGGUAGAAAUCUUUUCAGAAAUUCAAGAAAAGCUUCAUGAGCUAGAACAACAUCGUUACAAAAUGAAACGAAGUAGAAAUUUUGUUAAACCUACAAAAAUGGGUUAAAAUUUGUUAUUCAAUGUACACUUCAGUUUUGUUAUAAGAAUUUUAUUAAAGUAAAUAUAAAAAUCAA